AUGGCUUCUAAAUUGACAAUGUCCUUUGCUGUUCUCGUCAUCACUAUAAUUAUCAACAGGUCUUUUGUUGAAGCUGAACCAGCUAUCGCUAUGGGCUUCGAUCCAAUGGAGAUCUGCAUAGAGAACUGCGCCCAGUGCAAGAAGAUGCUCGGCUCCUGGUUCGAAGGGCCUCUGUGCGCCGAAUCGUGCAUUCGUCACCGAGGCAAGCUUAUCCCCGAUUGCGAAGACUUCGCUUCCAUAGCACCAUUCCUCACCAAGAUU